UCUUAAUGAUUCUGUUUAAUGUCUGAUCGUGUAUCCCUGGACUCAGAGGUAUUUCGCCUCCUUUGGAAACCUGUCAAGCCCUGCUGCGAUCAUGGGUAACCCCAAGGUGGCAGCUCACGGGAGGACUGUGAUGGGAGGUCUGGAGAGAGCCAUCAAGAACAUGGACAACAUCAAGGCCACCUAUGCGCCACUCAGUGUGAUGCACUCUGAGAAAUUGCAUGUGGAUCCCGACAACUUCAGGCUCCUGGCUGAUUGCAUCACCGUGUGCGCUGCCAUGAAGUUUGGCCCCUCUGGUUUCAGUCCUAACGUCCAGGAGGCCUGGCAGAAGUUUCUGAGUGUCGUCGUGUCCGCUCUGUGCAGACAGUACCACUAGAUUCUCAUCACCGAUGAACACCAGCUGUAUUGCAGAAGAUUGCGGGAGCUGUUCACACAAAGAUCUAACUCUUAUAAAAUAAGAUCAAUAAAAUAUUGUUAAAAGCA